AUGGACAAAUCUACUGCCGAGCCGGCUGCGCCGGACUAUAUCAAGACUUCGGCUAUGAUAGACGCGGAAAACGAUGACCAAAUUAGAUUUGAAGCAGAACUGGAGUUUGUACAGUGUCUAGCAAACCCGCAUUAUCUACACUUUCUUGCAAAAGCAGGUUAUUUCGAAGAUAAGAGAUUCCGUGCAUACAUAGUAUACCUACAGUAUUUCAGACGACCGCAAUAUGUCAAAUACGUUAAGUACCCCUAUUGUAUUCGUAUUCUAGAACUACUUCUCGACGAUACAUUCGUUAAAACGCUCUCAAACCAAAAGGCUAUAGAAGCUAUUGAACAACAACUGAUGGCGCAUUGGAUAUGUUUCAAGCGUGGAGUACAACGCUUGGAAGAAAACUUGAAAUGGAUGGAGGACGUCAAGGAUGUGAGACAAUAUGUUGAUACCGAGGCCAACCUCACUCUAUCCAACAAACUCGAUACUCUUGCGGAUUUAAAAAGGUGUCCACAAAAUGCUUCAAAAGAAGAAACGGGACAAUACAUGAUGCGAACUUUAAACAUUCUAGAUCAGAUGCUUCCACUAAUACGAAGAUGCACAAGAGAGUUCAAACACACAUACAUAAUGGAUAAUGCGUUCGUGAGGUAUGUGGUUGGCAUGACCGUGACGCACCGAAAUCUGAUAUCUAAGGAGGCUUUGACCAUGGCACUCAACUUCGUUGUGGCCCUGGAGUCACCGGCCAUCUACGAUGUACUGCUCAAACUUAUCAACGCUCUACGUUUACUGCCAAAUACGGUUAAUUUGUGCCUUGACCACUGCAACAAUCUUCUACUGCUUUUGGAGAACACUGGAGCUACCGAGAAUACCGAUGAAGUUUGUAACGUGGCGUUACAACUGCUAUUUCAAGCUCUUGUUGAAGGUAUAGACAUUGAUGCUCUGGCAGUGACAUUAUCCGUGCUUUCUAUCUUGCACCAGAAAUCUCCGGACGAAAAACAACUGGAAGAAAUCACCUCUCUAUACAUGAACGAAGUUAAGAGUCGUAUAUUUACCUUGGAACCAGCUGCGAUGUUGAAUCUUCUUCAGUUCAUGUAUAGGUGUGCUUAUGUUGAUGACGAGCUCUACAAAGUAACAAUGGAAGCGUUCAUUUACACCUACAAUUUGAUGUCACAUGAAGAAAAGAGUACGCUACUAUUGUUGUUGCCAUUCUUGAAACACAUGUACCUACUCACUACACCGAAUAUCUCGACCAACAUAUACAGCGAGGAGUGUCAAAUGCUAAACUCCAUGCUCAGAAGGGAGUUUGAAAAUAAAAUUGAACAUAUGUCGUUCGAUGACAUGAUCACACACUCUCUUGCUAUUUCACUUAUGUUCAAGCAGAGCGGUGUCGUCAGAAAGCUGUUGCUUAAAACAAUCAACAAGGACAUGAUAGGGGCCAUCAGCGGGAGAACGUUCUUGAAACUACUAUCGUGCUGUAAUACGCUUCAUAUAACGAGCUCUUCUAUAGAUGUAUCAAGGUUGUUAUCAAAAGCUGCACAUGCUAAACUAGCAGAAAGCACCGGUACAGAUAUGUUGCAUGGUUUCAAGUGCCUAGCACAAAUUGCGGCACAUCGGCACCGGAAAUACCUGGUACCACUAGUUUAUGAUAUUUUAGAGAAAAACAAAACCGAUUGUUUGGCCAUCAUAGAGUGUUUGCAUCUUUACGUGUCGCUACGUAUGCAGCGUGUCAACCUCAAUGUAUUAGAGACAGGAUUUGCGCUCUUAUUUCCGCAUCUCAAAUUGCAGAUUGCUGAGGAACAUGGCGCGGAUUUCAAACAGUUCGGGGGUGUUGAUGACAUGUUAACGAGAUUUGGCAGUAACGGUUUACUCCCUCCGGAGGAUGGUGCGCAAGGGUCGAUGCCUACCACCAGACGGCGUAAGAAAGAUUCUGACGUGCUUUAUAUCGGUCAAAGUGAAUCUGUUGCAGAUGCUAUACCGCUUAGAGGGCUAAUUAAAUUGUUGGAUUGCCUUACCAAGAUGGAACUGGAAUUGGCUCAAAUGAUCCCUAUAUUCGGUCUAAUUCAAACGUCGAUACUGAAAAGGGUGAAGUACAAUAGUAGUGUCAGCUUUUACGAGCUUGCUGAAGUGCUCAAGUCGCUGACUGAAUCUCGCGUGGUAUGUUCAGAAUUGGCAGAUGUUAUACUGGACCGUGUAUGCCACUGUCCCGAACGAUUGGAUGACCCAGAAUCUGCUGCAACUAUUCUGCAGUUUAUAGAGUUCACGGGUCAUGGGGACUGUUCAUCGAAGCUUUCGCAGCCUCUGUUUGAAUUUUGCCUGCGGAAACCUACAACUCCACUCAUGGAACUGCUGGAGUACCAGAGAUACAAACGACCAGAUUUCCACGCAGCUUACACCGAACUUAUGAAGCCGGUGUCAACUGAUGUCCCUGACGGUCUGGGUGGAGUGAUAAAGCACGCUCCUGUUUUAGGAAGCCAUAUUGAGUUGCUCGAACAGACGGUGAAACUACCCAGGGCUACUACGGGGAAGAGCCACCAGGCACUGAAAGAUUGGCUUACUAGACAUUUCAGCGGUGAGUCAUUCGAGGAGUACUAUAAAAUUGACAAUCUGGUCGUCGAUUUCUUCUGCCCAAACCUUGGUACAGCGGUGCAAAUAUUGAAAUCACAGGACUGCUACUGUGACGGGCAAUGGGUACACUUGAAGAGUAGAAUGUGGUUAUUGUGCGAGAUACUUAGACUGAAAGGGAUCCGCAUAAUCCUGAUACCUGAGAGGGGGUUAAAGGCGGUCUCCGAAAAUGUUGGCAAAAUGGUCCUUAAAGCUGCACGAAACACCGGUGGAGGUGAUGAUGUAUCAUCUGACUCAUCGCUAUCUAGCGAUGAAAAUAACAAUAUGACGGAUUUCCAGAGGGAAAUGAUGCUUGCGGAGAAGCAUGCAGAGAAGGUUAGGAAGCGCCAGCGUGAAAAUCUGCUCAACAAGGCAGCGCCAAUCGAGCGACCAAAGGAAAAGCCAGUUGAAGUGGAAGAAGGAAUGAUACUGGAAGACACGCCCGAUAGGCUACCUGAUAAUAACAUAGGGAAUGAUUUCAUGUAUAAUGAUGAUGUUUCAGCAAAUGUAACAAGCACACUGUUCGAAGAUGAGGUCGAGCAGGUGGCACAGGUGCCUGUGACAUUGCUCAACAAAGCGCGUAUCUCCAAAACGAGAGCUUUGCAUAUAUUGGAACAUCCUAACUGCUCAAACUACCUUGCAGGAACCGUUGCAAAGAUCCUGGUUAAGACAGGCACGACGCCGGACUCUGUUGGUUCACAAUACCCUAGUCUGGUGAACUCCCAUGCAAUAUUCAAGGUAGAACGCCUAGUUAAAACCAAGGAAUACCCUGUAUAUGGUAGCAACAUGGGUAACGAUUGUGAUCACCAGAUUCAAGAAUUUCUUGGUAAAGCUGGCUACAACUUAAUGGGACGGAUAUUGACAGACCGUCGUUCCGAUGCAAUCAGCAGAGUGGGAUUAAAUGAAAUAUGUAGCGCUCCAAUUACACAAGAUGAAGUUAAGUUUGGAGGUGAAUCGAUAGUCUGCGAUCUAGAGCGUGCUGCGGCGAAUCUGAGAAACUUUACUUUCACUGAUGAGGAUGUACGUAUAAUUCUCGAACGCAAAUUAUUCAAGGAAUCUAUGGAAGAUGGAGAAUUCCAAGGAGGGCGUGGCCAACUUAUAGCUGCGAUACAACGAAUAUCCCACGAAAUUGAACUUCUAACCGAAUUGGUGAAAACCGACGUUUCAAAGAUAGAACAUUUGAGAGCGUUAGAGGCGCGGAAAGCGAAAUUGGACGAGAAACUUUCGACCAUGAAAGCGACUUCCCGAAAUCCCAUUUUCGUCAAAAACUGCCCAGUAUUGCGUGCGAAUGCUGAGCCUUCGCGCGGUGGAGCCAUUCGCAAGACUACGCAACCAACCCCUAUGAUUAUAUUUAACAAUCCCGGGACUCAAGAUGUGUUUGCGAAUGAAUCACGCAAACGAGAACGCAGAACAAUAGGGGAGAUGAGUUACGAAGAACAGAAGGACUUGGUCCUCACGUACAUCAAGCAUAUGGGAAACCCCGAGUCCAAUAAUUUGGAUAGAAAAGCAAAUAUAAUGGACCACGACGGUGAUGGUUGGACUAACCAAAACGGCCUAAUAAGCCUAGAGGCUUACUGCAACAUGAAUUGA